AUGGCUGAGCUAGCUACUCAGACUUUCGGAGAGGCUGGAACAUUGCCUGCCGCAGAUUAUGUCCUCCAGGGCGACGUUCAAGAUCUGUUUGGGAUUCCCGGCCUAAGCGGCGAGCUAUUGAGUAUUCAAAGCUCAAACCCCCAGGACCCCAUACAGGAGAAGGUCAAGCCCAACCUGAGUGGUCUUGUUGAUGGUUUCAUUGCGUCACUUUUUCCCUCGCUCAAUAGCGAUAUAAUCCAGAGGCUGCCUAUCGAUAACGUUGAAUUUGCAUACUCGAACAAGCUGGAUGACUUUUAUAACCCGGAGGGACUGUCACUGAGUGCUGACAUUACCUUUACCGGGCCGCUAGACCCCAUCAACGAGCUACUGCAGUUUGUCUACAGUGGCAACGGGAAAAACACGCCGCCUACUAAACUUCGAGUAGAGGCGCGACUGAGCUCCGAAAGAGAUUGGGCUGCACCGCUAGAGUUGAACAACUUCGCAUUGCGAGGCUCCGUUGAUCAGUCGCUUUGGCUUGGAGACAUCAUAAGGUUCCGCAAGGUCGGCGUGGAAGUAUCUGUGAUCAGCAUUUCGUCGCUUGGCCACGAUAAGACAGCGUGGAAGCUUGGGUAUGGAUUGUUUGGAGAGCUCGAGAUUCACAAGAUUCCAAGAACAUACUUGCCACUGAGAGUCAAUUACUGGAUGAGAAAGAUUGGCGACACUUACGGUCUCAGGAUGGCCCUUUCGUCGGAGGAAUGGACUUCCGUCUUUGGUAUCAAGAAUCUGGAUCUAACAAGUGCGAAGAUCACAGGAGUCGAGUUUCAUGCCUCGAUAGACAUGAAUAAUUUGGAAGACUUUCUUGCAAUAGGUGUAAGUGCAAUGAUGAAGCUUGGCGAUGGGGACAUCUUUUUAGCAGGGCAGUAUUCCAAAUCGGACACUUACCUGGAAGCUGAAGUAGGGAACAUGACAUGGGCUGAAGUCGUGAUGGCCUACACCCAGAUCACAGGAAACUCUGUUGAAGUUGCGGCAAAUGUCGAUGAGCUUGAUUUCGAGAACAUGUACAUCAUGAUAUCUACCACUGGUAUUGAGAUCAGGGGCAAGAUUUCCUUCAACGGUAAGACCAGUGUCGCCGGGUAUAUCAAGUUCAACGAUGACGGUUUAUCCAUUGGCGGUGGAAUUGAAAGCUUCAAGGUCCCCGACACGAAUAUCAUGAUUGAAGAAGCUGGCCUUGACAUAUUCAUUGGCUCCAGGGGAAGUGACAAGACAAGUGGGCGCGCCAGCAGGUUUGCGCUCAGGGGUGUCGUCAAUUUCCAGGGCAUCAGGGUGGCUGCAGGCCUUGAAACCAGCACCGAUGGAUCGCCAGACUCACGCAGAUGGAUUCUCUAUGGUGCAUAUGAAGGCAGCCUUCGGUUGUCCGCACUGGAAGCAGCCAAGUCACUCAAAGAGCAUCCGGAUCUGGAUAUUGAACUCAAGAACGUGGCUAUCAUAGCAUCUAACAAAAAGGGGAUCUGGAUAAACCCUCUGAGCAAGAAGAAAUACUCUCUUUCUGACGGACUCUCGCUCUUUGCGCUCAUUGAUCCCCUACCGGCAAUUAACAACCUCGCAAGGAACAAGACUGUCGGUGGAUUGGCUCUCAUCGCUUCGAUGAGUGCCAAAAAGCUCUCGGUGGCAAUUGAGCUUCCAGAGAGUAUUGGUAUCGAAAUGGGCGAGAUUGCAAAGGUCGAUAGGUUUACCGUUGGAUUGGACAUCUCAAGCACGCCCAAUUUGAUGCUCAGCUGUGACAUAAAAAUUAACAUGGCAGAACAGCCACCGCUAACUUUGCAUGCCAACCUGACGGCGUUGCUCCACGAAACGAAGGUCCCAUGGAGGAACCCUUUUGGCGUUAGCGACAAGAUUAUUGUGCAGAAGCUGGGCGGCAGCAUUGCAUUUAGAUACGCAACCGUUCUGGUGGAAGGUCCAAGCGAGCUUGGCUUUGGCGGCGUGGUGAAGUGCGGUGACUUCACUGGCGAAGCCUUUAUUGUGAUGACCAAACUUCCCACUCGUCAGGUCCUCAAAAUCAACAUCUCAAACCUACACGUGACUCAGUUAAUUAGAAUGGCAGGGGAUAUUGGAGACUUGGACGCACUGCGAAAUAUCAGCGGCGGCGACUUUCUUGUCUUCAACGAGGCUGGUAUGUACUUCUCUACUGGCAUUGAAGAGGCUCUGGGAGAGUCGUUCCCCGCAGGGAUCUCAGCCAAGGGAGAUGUCACUGUCUUCGGAAAAAGGGCCAACUUCGAGGCAUCACUGAGCUCAGGGGGCUUCAGACUGAAGGGCGAAGUGGAUGCCUUCAAGAUUGGUCCCCUCGAGGUGCGCUCUGCCAGUGGAAACCCAAGAGCAAGGCUUGAGAUUGCCAUGACUUCCGAGAAGCAGCUGUUGGAGAUUGACGGUUUGAUCAUGAUUGGAGGAGACGAUGGUCUUCAGAUUGGGGCCCUGAUCCAGGCUUCUCUAACUCCUGUCGUGUUCGACGUCUGGAUCUUUGUGACUUUCACCGACCAGAUCAAGUUUGAUCUUAGAGCCGUGGCCACAAAUGUGUCCAACCUCAAGGAUCUAUCACAAGCAAAUGUGAAUUUCACCCUCACUCUCAACACCGAAAUACUAGAGCUUUUCUACAUGGGUAUUCUCGACUUUUUGGGCGAGCUGCAGAAUCUGUCAACGGCAUCAACAGAGGCGCUCGAGUUUGCACUCCAAAAGAGAAGGGACGAGGUUUCUGACGAGAUCAAUGCCAAGAAGGAGCAAAUUGUUGCUCUUGAGGCCAGAAUCGUGGUAGAGGGACAAGUACGCGAGAAGGAGAGAGCCGAAGCCAAGCGAAAGAAGCAGGAGGCGGAGACUGAACUGAAGAAGCUCCAGAGCCUACACAGUACUACUCGGCAGGAGAAAAAAGAGGCUGAGCGUAAGCUCCAUGACCUCUGGAAACAGGCAUGUCUCGAGCGAGCGGCGACCGAGGAAAAGAAGCGUCUGGAGUGGCAGUCUCUCCUUGAAACCGCCCAGAGAGAACAAGAGAGGCUGUCAGAACAGAAAGCUCAGCUUCAAAACAAAAAGAAAUCAACAGUUGGGCAUCUUGCUCUUGAGCUGCAGAAAUAUAUUGAAUGGUUCGAAAUUGCCAAAGCAAGACUGGAAGGACUUCUAGCCGAUUCAGACAAGAGGAAGAAAGACUUGCCAAACCUGGGCAUGUUUGCACGUGUCAAAGAGGUACUGACCAUCAUAAAACAGUUGUCAAGGAAUGACAUAGGGAUUGACGCAACAGCCACCUUUCUUAGAGACAGACUUCAGGAGGGCCAGGAUGCCUUCCAAAGAAUGAAAGACAUCUACAACCGGCCGGAAUUUCGCGACAUAGAGAUUGAGAUUGACGAAAAAGAGAGGGAGCAUAAGAGAGUAAGCGAGAUGAUAGACGGGCUUCUUAGGCAGGGCGUCGAUGGUUUCCUUCAGGCAGCGUUGGCGGAAAAUGAUAAGAGUGUGGAUGCCAGAAAACGCGAGAUCGACGCCCUGCAAGAUGGUAACUCGCAAUGGAUGAACGCCAUUCGUGAGGCAAAAGCCAAACUAGACGCCAGACAGCCUGAUCUGGAUCGUGUUAUCGCCGAGGAGGAAGAGAAGAUCAUCGAGGCUAAAGACAGCAUGCAACUUCGCCAACUAAAGCAAGAGCUACAAUCAGUCGAAGAAGAAGAGAGGCGCAAGCGAGAGCAACAGGACGCCAUCAUUGCUGGUUUGCGAAUGAUUCGUAAUGAGAUCAAUAGGGGUUCUGAUUCGGUACGACAACUGGUGCAAAGCAUCAAGCCGGUCAAUUUCAAGAUUAAGGGAGUAUCCAUCAUGGCAGAUGGCAAGGAGAUAGUUCAGGGACGUGCUAUGACAUUCAAGAUUUCAGUUGAGCAUGAGGGCAAAAUGAUCAUGCUGGAGGAGAGGUGGGCGCCGUUUCAGAAACCGGCGGAGUUGUAUCGAGAUAUUAUGAAGGGGUUAUUAAAGAGUUGA